GUACCGGGGAGGCAGUGGACCUCUUCACGUGUCCAGAGGGAAGACCGACCACCCCCUGCACAAAGCCUUUAUUGAGGCGGGGCAGCAGGCAGGAUACCCCUUCACUGACGACAUGAACGGAGAGCAACAGGAGGGCCUGGGCUGGAUGGACAUGACCGUUCAUAAAGGAAAGAGAUGGAGCACAGCCAGCGCCUACCUGAGGCCCGCCCUGGGUCGGCCCAACCUGACGACAGAGGUUUGCUGCCUGACCACCAAGAUCCUGUUUGAUGGCAACCGAGCCGUUGGCGUGGAGUACACACAGGAUGGACAAAAGAAAAGGGCAUAUGCAGAAAAAGAGGUGAUAUUAAGUGGAGGAGCCAUCAACUCCCCUCAGCUACUCAUGCUGUCUGGGGUGGGGAAUGCUGAUGACCUGAAACAACACGGCAUCCCUGUGGUCCAGCACUUGCCAGGUGUUGGCAGUAACCUGCAGGAUCAUUUGGAGCUGUACGUCCAGCAGCAGUGCACUCAGCCCAUCUCCCUCUACAAGGCACAGAAACCUUUCCACAUGGUCAAGAUAGGCCUGGAGUGGCUCACCAUGUUCACUGGUUAUGGAGCAACAGCCCACUUGGAGAGCGGGGGGUUCAUCCGCAGCGGUCCAAAAAUCACACACCCAGACAUCCAAUUUCACUUCCUGCCAUCGCAGGUCAUCGACCACGGGCGAGUUGCCUCCAAGAUCGAGGCAUAUCAGGUUCAUGUGGGAAUGAUGAGGAGCACCAGUAUCGGCUGGAUGAAGCUGAAGAGCGCCAACCCUUUGGAUCACCCCAUUCUCCAGCCAAACUAUCUCUCCACCGACAUUGAUGUGUUGGAGUUCAGGCAGUGUGUCAAGCUCUCCAGAGAGAUUUUUGCCCAGAAGGCCUUCGAAUCAUUCCGCGGUCCCGAAGUCCAGCCUGGUCCCGAGGUCCAAUCCGACUCCGAAAUCGACGCUUUUGUGCGGCGCAAGGCUGACAGCGCCUACCACCCGUCCUGCACCUGUAAGAUGGGCUCGCCCUCCGACCCCAUGGCCGUGGUCGACUCCAACACGCGCGUCAUGGGACUGGAGAGACUGCGCGUGAUCGAUGCCUCCAUCAUGCCCAGCAUCGUCAGCGGCAACCUGAACGCUCCGACCAUCAUGUUGGCGGAGAAGGCUGCUGACAUCAUCAGAGGUCGUCCUCCUCUCGCGGACCCCGGGGUUCCUGUGUACCGACCGCCGACACUCGACACACAAAGAUGAACAGAGUGAAGGGUAACAGCAAGAUACACAAUCAGGCGACAACAGCAGUAAACAGCUUGUUGUUUGUUAGAUCAGGAUCAUCGGCCUUGUAGAUAAUAAUGGGAGUGUGUUGCACCUGAUGUGCACACACAAGGUCAGUUUGAUGUGUAGUCACAGGUGAUCAAUAAUUAUGAGGGCUGAUCUAUGCUAUGUUAAUUCAAAGCCAUAAGGGUGUAAAACAAAUCAAGUCAAUGUUAGCAGUUUACAUUGUUCAUGUUCUUACUUUUAAAAUGACAUAUGUAUUUAAUUAUAUUUGAGCUAAUAUGAAUCACAGUUUUCCCUCAUGUUUAUAAGGUCAGCGGCGUGCUGGCACUUCAUGGUUGAAACAAAUGGUUUCUGGGAAAGAUGCCUGGCAAUACCUUGUUAACACUAUAUCAACUUUGAAUUGGUUUCGGUAUGUGAGAAGUUCACAUAUCUUAUGCUUACACAACAACCCAUAGUAUUAUAAGCUUAAUAAUAACCUAACCCUCCGUAUAUAAAAAAAACCACUUCAAUCAUCACACUCUAUUUUCCUGGUAUGACCCUGGGGCUAGGUUUCAUGUUAAUACCAACGUGAGAUUAAACAUUUCACAACACUAGUGCUUAGCCUGUAAAAAGACAAGUGUUGACAACAAAGUUCUUUCCUUUCGUCAGUCUCGUAGAUUAUAUCUUUUUGGCCACAUCAAGAGUGUCGUAUGAGUCAUCAUUACUCUUGUCUGGCUGUUAAUCAGCAGACUGUCAGCCCAGCACGUUUUCUGUUUAAUCUAUUUUGUGAGUUCAGCCGUCACCAUGGUAACAUCCCUCUUCCUUCCUGGAAGCUAGCUGAUUCAACAGUUCAACGAAAUGCUGUUUUUGUUGCACCUGUUUUAAUUCAGCGAAGGGACCAUAGAACAUAUUGGGUUUGAUUUAAAACUGUUAGUAAAGCUGAAAAGUAGGCCAGCUUCAUCCAGGAUUUAUUUAAGUGAUUAGCCAAUGUUAAGGUUUUUUAACUAUAUUUUGAUGCCAGUACUUUUUCUUAAGUAAGAUUUUAAAUGCAGGACUUUUACUUGUAACAGAGUAUUUUUACAAUUUUGUAUUGCUACCUUAACUUUAUAAAAAGACAGUAUUAAAGACAAAUAGAGUACUUUUUCUACCCCUGUCCCAGAGUUGCUGGCACAGCAGCGACCCACUUGAAUAUGAAGUCUUACAGCUAACAGCUUUGUGUUGCCUUCCGUUCAGGGCAGUCUGUUUAAUUUGACUAAGCUGCAAAUUAUAGCUUAGCAUAAUGUUGCUGAUAAUUGUGUCUUAAAAUGCUUUUUAUGGCAACUAUACACUAAAAACUUGUUGAAACUGAAAAAAAGCGUAUACAAUAAUCUUUAUACAUUUUAUCUCAAUGUAGCGUGUUUACAAAGAAGCUUUUGAAGAUCAAUAAGUAUUAUUGAUAAUACUAUAUGUGCCUGUUUGUUGAAUUACUUUUGAUGUAUAUUGUGUUACUGAUAUACAUUUUAGAAUCGAAUUUACUGAAAAUCGUCCUCAAAUUCAUGCAUGAAGUGCUGAUUUUAAUUAAAUAUGCGUUUUUAGUUUUUAGCUGUGAUGGAAACAGCCGAGUGCUACAAUGAAUUACAAUGUGUCUUAUUGAGCUUUGCACUAUACUCUAUACUAUGAAGUAACAUUACAGGGUUUACACUAUGAGCUGUGUUUACUAAAUGUUGGAAUCAUGUGUGUCCUAAUGAAGGCUUUUUAAGUGAACAUUAUUGUGAACGUUCUUUAUAUUUGUAUUCUUCUUAUGAUUGUAAACAAACACAAGAGCCAACCUAACUUUAUCCUCUUGACUUUAUUCAGUGAAAAAAUCUCAGCAGGUUCAUCGUCAAGAAUUAAAAUGUACAAAACAGGGUGUUUGAUUUUCAUUGGUACAAAAUCUAUAAGGUACUAGAACUUAUGCUACAAGUAGAUAGAGCUAUAUUGUUUAAUUUCCAUACAACAAAUGGGUAGAAAGCAGAAAUGUGUAUCACUUUGUUUUUUACAAACACUGUACAGAUUGUAUACAUGUUGUCAUUCCAUGGACAUUUGUAUGGCAGUGGAACAAUAGAAAAUAAUAAAGCCUUCAGUUGGACAACGAUGCUCUGUGUUGGUUUUUGUCACAAUGCUUCUUUUGUUAAGUCUAAAUGGAACUGAAUAGAUGAAUAAGCAGCAGAUGAUUAUAUUUUCUGGUGUCGUUGGCUGUCUCAAACACUGAAUUAACUAAAUGUUUUGGUUUGUUCUGUAAUGAAUGGAACAGAUUUGAUUCCCACAACAGCCAGAUGAGUAUUCCUAGGUGCAGCAAAUGUACAGAUUUCUCCCUAAAGCAUGUAAUAUGGCUUUUAACGUGAUCUUAAAUACUUUAAACAUGUAUUUGUAGGUCAGAAUAGUCUGAUUGCAUUUAGUGAAAAUUAAUAGAUUUUAAAUGUAAUUCUUGUUUCGUUUUUUUCUGAUGUUGGUUGUUUAGUUUUCACUGCUUCUUGUUCACCUGUCAAUCAAACACUGUGACAGUUUCCCUGACAUUUUAACCAACACAUCCGGAUAGUCACAGAGGUAAUAACAAUUAGUAUGAGUCAUUAAUUCUUAGUGAAACACAAUUUACAUGCAGUUGGUAAAUGUCAUAUGUAUCUGCAGUGUUGGCCAAUCAAGACAUGAGUGCAUUUACAGUUCAUAUAAAGCUCAGGUUAAAUUCACCUGUAUGUUUAUUGACUAUAAAGAAAAUAACUUCCCAGUAUAAGAAUGAACCUUUUUGUCAUCAUUGUACACAAUAAUCUGCAUACUUUUUGACAACAUAUAAAUAAUGGAAACAAAUCUGGAAUAAUAAUUGAAUAUUCAUGUGCGUUUAAAUGCACUUAACAAUCUCUUGCUUUUGGUUUUAUAUUUGAAAGAGCCCUUUGGUUGUACAGAUUACACAUGUUGCCCUGACAACAGUAUUAUAUUGAAGGAAAAAAGUAGAUAGCCCAGCAGCCACAAACCAUUGUAGUUUGUAAAAGUACACCUGAAGACCUUUUUACGGUUGGCAGUGGUAGAAAAAGACUGGUUAGUGCUGUAGCAAAGAUACAUGUUGUUUUUAAUCUACAAGAAGGUUAUGUAGGUUCCCUUCACAGACAGCAGCUGUUGUAGACUAGUUGAGCACUCGCAUAAGAAUUGAAAAUAAAUAGGAAUACAUUGCAGGAGCUGACAUAAUUUCAGUCAAAAGACACACACAAAGAAUUACAUUUGUCUUAGCAGAGUUAUGUUGUUCAAAAUGUACACUGUCAGUGAGUCACAAAUGUCCAAUAUCUGUCAAAACUUGAAAUCUAUGUGCGUGAAUUGACUCAUGGUCUCAAAUGCCUGAAGAGGAAUUCAUUGUUUAUUAUCAUUGUUGCUCAGUAGGUGAAACUAACAUGUCAGCAAAUAUUUGAAUGACUCAGGCAUGAAUCUCUGGAUUAUUAGU